AUGGGUGAAAAUGUCAUGCAAAAAGGUUAUAAUGUGGGUCAAAGUGUGGUUCAACAAGUUCCAGUUGUAGAAGUUCCUACUGUUGUAGAAGAAGGUGUGGUGCAGGAAGAAGGUGUUGUGCAGGAAGAAGGUGUUGUGCAGGAUGUUCCGGUAAUUCAUAUUCAGGAUGGUCAAAUGAUGCAAGAAGGAGGAACUAGUCAAACAAGUGUGAUGGAAGGUAUUGAUGCAAUUUUACAAGAGGUUAACUUCACAAACAAAACAAAGUCCAGUCCACUAAAUGGUGACAAUGAGAUGGAAGAUAAUGAUGUUAUUGAGUUUACUGAGGGCAAAGAGGAUGAUAUUCUCCCAGAGAAGAUACAAAUAGGACCUGAAGACAUUGCUAAUAUGCUAUAA